AUGAUUUAUUUAUUUGGUUCACAUCAUUCAUCAAGUAUAAAUAGUGAUCAAUCCAUAGAAAAUAGUAUAAGACGACGCCAUAAAAAAUAUAUUGAUACAAAUGGCACUGAUUUUCUAGCUCCUGUACUUGAUCUACUGGUAGUGAAAAAAAUUAUUGUCGAUAGUUUUCGUAAUACGGGUAAUAAAUGGAAAAGUCUUUCACAACUAAUUGUCGAUGUAUAUUUUGUUCAUUUACAAUCAUAUAUUACUAUUAGUUCAUCUAAGGGUCAAUCACUUUUGAAUAUUUCUUCUACUCAAUUAACACUAUUUGGUAUUGUAUCAUCAGUUGAAUUACAACCAAUUGAUCCAUGUGUUGUUGCUUUUCGAUCAUUUUCAAAUAGAAAUGAUAUCAAUGGUCAGACUAUAAAUUGA